AUGCUGCUUAAACAGCUUCCGUAUCCUUGUCGUUAUAGUGACAUGAUACAUGUACCAAGGUUUGGCCGACCUGUUCCAGAAAUAAGCAUGAUGACCAAUGCUGUUUUAGACUGGAUUAACAUCGAAGAUGGCCACCACCUUACUGAUUUUAAUCAGCCCUUCCUCUACUGUGCUUCUCUGCGAACACAUGCAAAUGCAAUCCAUCAAGAAGGUGCGGUGUUGAAUAACUGCUGGGGUUUCAUUUAUGGCACUGUCCGCUCUGUUUGCUGCCCACUCCAAAAUCAACGAAUUGUCUGCAAUGGGCACAAAAGGGUACAUGCGUUGAAAUUCCAACCUACUGUGACUCCAAAUGGUCUCAUUGCCAACUUAUAUGGCCCAGUAUGUGAGUGGAAAUAUACUUGUAUUCAAAAA